AAAAAACACUCUUCUCUUCCAUGCACACAAGGAGUAGAUUAGGUUAACCUUUUAGCAAUUAAUCUCUGCCAUGUCUAGUUACUAGUUGUGCUUUUGCAUUUCUAUUCGUGUUAAAAUAAGAGAGAUGCAUUUGUUCUAUGAUCUUCAUUUGAAACCUAAGUAUCCCAUGAAUUCAUUCCGAGAUCAGUUGGUGUCGGUGCGCUAACUUCUGUUGGGAUGGCUUUGUGCACCGUCCACUGAAGUACCAAGCGUGAAGUAGACAACAAGCAACGUGCGGUUCCUUUUCCUUUUAAAAAAUUGACCAGCAACCUAACUGCCCAUUCAGGUGUAUGUUGGGGAACUGUUAGCUAGCAAAAGACUCUGAAAUGAAGCAGUUUGGAUGUUAAUCCCUACUCCUCUGCUUCGCUGCGAAAAGGAAAAUCUCCUAAAGAUUCAACAAAAUGUCUACAGUUGUGAUGAGAGUCGAUCUUGACUGCGACAAAUGCUACAAGAAGAUCAGGAAGGCCAUCUGCAAGCUCCAAGACAGAGUGAGCAUCGGGACAAUCUCCUACGAUGUGAAGAGCAAGACGGUCACGGUGUCCGGGCCCUUCGAUGCCGAGGAGAUCGCCGACAGGCUCACCUCCGACGCCGGCAAGGUCAUCACCGACAUCCACGUCGUCGGCCAAGGGAACCAGAAGCGCGGCGCCAAGGCGCCCAAGCCCGGCAAAGUUAGUGGUCACGGCAGUCAUGUCGGCGGCAACGGCCACAGCCACGGCGGUCGUGUCGGCGGCAACGGCCACAGCCACGGCGGUCGUGUUGGCGGCAACGGCGAGCAUGGCGGCGGAGGCGGAAAGCCGGAGAAGAAGCACGUCAAGUUCGACGACCUGGACAGCGACUUCGACGACGAGCCGGCCGACCGGCACGCGCACCACGGGCACAGCAAGCCAAAGAUCGUCACCACCGCCACCGCGGCACGGCUCGAGGCCCCCCACACCGGCCCGUCGAUGUCCAUGGUGGCGGCGGCGCCCGUGAGGAUGCCGGCGAUGGCGCCGCUGCCGCAGGCGACGGCCGUGCCGUCCAUCUGGCCGGCCGCCCCCGAGUGGGGGCACAGCGCUCCUCCGUACGGCGGGUAUGGCGGAGCCGGGGGCCCACCUGUCGGAGGAUACUAUGGCGGGCCCGCGACGUACGGCCACGGCGGAUACGGACCGUACGGCUACGGCAGGGAUCCGUACGGGCCGCAGCACUACGAUGAAGAGCCCAGCGCCGGGUGCAGCGUCAUGUGAGUGUGAUGAACUUCAUCUCUUGAAAAUUCAGGAGGAUGCUUUCCAUUUGGAUGUUGUUCGUCAGAAAUUUCGUGAGAUUUCGAUCCCAGCGUUGGCACCGGGAGGCCCUUGUAGCCUCCUCAGCUGAAAAGAAAAUUUCGUGCGAUAUUCCUAUCUGUUAGAUUGUAUUUUGCCACCUUUUUAUUUUGAUUCAUGUUCGGGGGCGUGUGAAUAUGGUUGUAUUUUGUUGGUUUUGUGUUUUGGACAGAUCAAAGUUUGUUGCAACAGAGUAAGUAGGUGUAAGUGUAAACUGAAGCGCUUUCUCCAAUGUAGAGCUAAACGAACACAUAUGCUACUGUUCCUGUCUCUGUUUUUCAUUUUGUAUUUAUGAUGGAAGAAACGCUUAUGGAA